CUUUAGAAACUUCUCCGGGGGAAAAGUGUUGAGAGAUCUACAAAGUGGAAUUUUUUCCUCCUUUUUUUUUUUUCCAACUUCUUUUUCUUUUUUUUUUAACUCUUCUUCUGCAGCCUUUGCAAAUAAUAAUAAUCAUAAUCGUCCAAACUUUUGCAGCAAACUUUUCUUGACAGACCUGGAAGAGGAGGGGGAGGCAAAGAGACCCAAUCAAAACACAAAAAUGUGCUUUCAACCAACCUCUCCAGCCGCCUAGCGCUACCUGCUCUGCAGUAUCGCCUUAUUAUUUGCUGCACUCCUGCCAGGAGCCCCUUCCGCAAAAUAACUUUGCUCCCCACCUGCCCUCCUCGCCAAGCUGUGGAAACCUGUUGGGGGGCCGGCGGGGGAGGGAGGCUUGGGGAUAGUUGCUGCCGGUUUGGGUAGCAGUCACCCCCCGCUCUUUGCUGGCUUAUGCUUUGCCCCUUCCCCCAACCUGUUGCAGCAGCUCCCAGCCUUGCACCCAGGCUGUGCCAACUGGUUCUUUGGAAGCCAAAACAAUAACCCUUCCCGGGACUUUUUCGGUGCUUCGUUUUUGUGGAGUUUAGAGGGGGAUUGUUCCCCACCCCGCCCGUAAAAACCCAACUUCGCCUCCUCGCUCCCGCCCGCGCCUGGAAGAUGCUCCUGACCCUCUGCCUGCUGGUGGGCACGUUCCUGGGCUCCUCCCAGGGCCUGGGCUCCUUCGUGCACUGCGAGCCGUGCGACGAGAAAGCCCUGUCCAUGUGCCCGCCCAGCCCGGCGGGCUGCGAGCUGGUGAAGGAGCCGGGCUGCGGCUGCUGCAUGACCUGCGCCCUGGCCGAGGGGCAGCCCUGCGGGGUGUACACCGAGCGCUGCGCCCAGGGGCUGCGCUGCCUGCCCCGCCAGGGCGAGGAGAAGCCGCUGCACGCCCUGCUGCACGGCCGGGGCCUCUGCCUCAACGAGAAGAGCUACCGGGAGCAAGCCAAGCUGGAGCGGGAAUCCCGCGAGCACGAGGAGCCGACCACCUCGGAGAUGGCGGAGGAGACCUACUCGCCCAAGGUGAUCCGGACCAAGCACGGGCGCCUCUCCGAGCUCAAGGCCGAGGCCCUGAAGAAGGACCGCAGGAAGAAGCUGACCUUGUCGAAGUUCGUCGGCGGGGCGGAGAACACGGCGCAUCCCCGGGUCGCCGUCCCCGAGCUGAGGCAAGAGUUUGAGCUGGGCCCUUGCCGCAGGCAGAUGGAGGCCUCGCUGCAGGAGAUCAAAACCAGCGAACGGAUGAUCCCCCGAGCUGUUCACCUUCCCAACUGCGACCGGAAGGGAUUCUACAAGAGGAAACAGUGCAAACCGUCCCGGGGGCGGAAGCGCGGGCUGUGCUGGUGCGUGGACAAGUAUGGACUGAAGCUGCCGGGGACCAAUUACGUGGCGGGCGACCUGCAGUGUCACAGCUUCGACAGCGGCAUCACCGAGUGAAGGGCCUGCGCCGUCCCCCCGCCCCCUGCCCCCACGCCUCCCCACGCCCCGGGACUCCGAACCCUUUCAUCUCAUUUCGAAAAACGGAAGAAACUGAGGACCUCGGAAUCUGCAGCCCGUCCUCGCCUGCGUGGCGGCGGCGGCUAAUGGAGAAGAGGAAAGCAGAAGUCAAACCAGCGCCGCCUUCCCAGUACAGACUCCCCCAAAUGCUCUCGACUCCCCAUGCAGGGACGCAGCCAGCACCAAAGUAGGCAUCGACUUGGGGGCUUUUCUAUUGUGGGUUUGGUUUGGUUUGUUGAUACGGGGGGGGGGUGUCUUUUUUUUGUUUGUUUUGGUUUUUAGACUAGCCAGCAACUUUCUAAACGGUCUCCAGCAAAACCGGACAAAGCCCCACGUCGAGGCCCACGUCCACCGCUCAGCCCUUGCGUUCGAGUGGCUUGUUCGGCACUGCCAGAGCUAAUAUUGAUCCUCCACUGGCGCCAAACGCCCUUUGAUUGAUAUCUCCGUAGAGAUAGAUGCACAGCUUUCUGGGCGUUCGGUGUCUGGAACAUUGUGGUAAACGGGUUUGCAUUUCUUUAGGAAACGAGUCAGGGGAUAACAGCUCCUGCUGGCAAAAGAUAGUGGUGGCUCCUUUUAAAAAAAAAAAAAAAA